UUCCUCUUUAACCCUAACACCAAGAGAAAUUCUCCUCUUCCUCUCCUUCGAAUCGAGUCCGAGUCGCAGAAGGCUGGUGUCAAGGUCACGCUCUUCUGCAGCUCGUCUCCAAUUUGGGGUUUUACAGAGAGAAACCAUCUCUGGAGCGAUCGGAGAAUCGAGUUAAGCGUUUAUAUAUUAUUGUAGAUAAUUAUUCCGAAUGGCAACUGCGGAGCCAGCUCCUAGUUCCCUUGGUCCUCGGUAUGCUCCCGAUGACCCCACUCUUCCAAAACCUUGGAAGGGUUUGAUUGAUGGAAGCACAGGCCUUUUAUACUACUGGAAUCCUGAAACCAACAUCACCCAGUAUGAGAAACCAACUGCUUUGCCUCCACCAUUGCCCCCAGGGCCACCUCCUGCUGCUGCAACUCCUAAGCUGGCUCCAAUUCCAGCGGCCCGAACAAUGCAAACAAAUGGUAGUCUAGCUCACCAUGGGCAGCAAAUGAAUCAAGCCCAACAGCAGCAGGGGCAGCAAAUGAUGCAAACCUCUCAGCAGCAGGGGCAACAAAUGAGCCAGUUUCCUCAGCAGCAUGGACAACUAAUGUCUCAGCAGCAGGGUCCACAAAUGGCUCAAUCUGUGCAACAACCAGGUCCACAAUUUGGACAAGCUUUGCAACAGCAGGGGCAACUAACACCACAGCAACUUGGGCAGCAAAUAGUGCAGCAUCCAGGGCAGCAAAUGCUAUCACAAUCACUGCAGCAAAUGCCCCAACAGCCAAGUCAGCAAUUGCCUCAGCAGCUUGGGCCACAAACACCACAGCUGCUUGGGCAGCAAACACCACAACAUGCAGGCUCACAAAUGGCACAACCACAGGUGCAUCAAUAUGCUCAUCAGCAGAUGCAAUAUAAUGUAUAUCAGCAACAUGUGCCUCCACCAGGGCAACAAAAUUCUCAGCAGCAAACUCAGCAUAUUGCACAGGGUCCACCAUUUCAAAAGCAACAAGAAUUCAAGACCGGAUUCCCACAGAGGGAAGAAAUUGAUUUUCACCAAGGAAGCCAAGUUGGAUUUUCUCCAUCACAAAUUCAACAGACUGGCACCUCGUCUGCUCAAAACAUGCCAGCUGGAGUCAAGUCCUUUCAGAUGCCCCAAUCAGGUGGUCAGACGGGUCAGGCUCAGCCGUUCAGUGGUCCUUCAGUCAGUAUGCAGCAGCAACAUGAUCCCAGGUUUCAAAAUCAGAUGGGUCCAGGAAUGAUGCACAGUCAGCAGCCUAACAUUCCUCCGGCUGGAUUAAAGAGGGGAUAUGAUGAAAAUCCACGUGGAACAGCCGGUAAUGAUUAUUAUUUCAGUGCUAACAAGGAAGUGCCACUUUCAGUUUCGCAGCAGCCCAAGCUUGCGGCAAUACCCUCAGCAAGAAAUCCUCAGGCUAUUGCUGAUGAUGUUGUUGCUCUUCCCUACCAGGAGAUGAGGAUGGGUGGUGUCCCAGUUCCGAAUGUUCCCCCUGGUCAUGCUGGCGGAUUGAAUGCUGUAGCAGGUCAGGCCAUGCAUAACAUGUACAGCCAUGCAACUGGUGGUACAGGAUUUUCAAAUAAUGCUCUGAUGAGACCUCCUUCAAUGAUGAUUGGAUCUUCAGAUAUUAGCACUCUCUCGCCAGUUGAAGUUUACUGUCAACAGCAUGAAGUUACAGCAACGGGUGAAAAUGUGCCUCCUCCUUUAAUGACCUUUGAAGCAACUGGUUUCCCUCCAGAGAUAUUGAGAGAGAUAUAUUCGGCUGGUUUCUCUUCUCCUACACCAAUUCAGGCACAGACAUGGCCAAUUGCACUACAGGGUAGGGACAUUGUGGCAAUUGCCAAAACAGGUUCUGGGAAAACAUUGGGCUAUCUGAUCCCUGCCUUCAUGCUUCUUAGAAGGCGCCGUAAUAAUGUACAGAAUGGCCCAACUGUGAUGGUUUUGGCUCCAACCCGAGAGCUUGCCACACAAAUACAAGACGAGACCAUCAAGUUUGGCCGAUCUUCUAGGGUCUCUUGCGCGUGCUUGUAUGGUGGAACUUCAAAGAACGCUCAGCUAAAAGAACUAGAUCGAGGAGCAGAUGUUGUUGUGGCAACUCCUGGUCGGCUCAAUGAUAUCCUUGAAUCGAAAAAGAUUGACCUUGGGCAAAUUUCACUCCUUGUGCUUGAUGAAGCAGAUCGAAUGUUGGAUAUGGGUUUUGAACCUCAAAUCCGUAAGAUUGUUAAUGAGAUACCUCCACACAGGCAAACUCUUAUGUAUACUGCAACCUGGCCCAAAGAAGUGAGAAAAAUAGCAGGUGAUCUUCUUGUUAAUCCUGUUCAAGUGAACAUUGGCAGUGUUGAUGAACUUGCUGCGAACAAGGCUAUCACACAGUAUGUUGAAGUAGUUUCACCAGCAGAAAAGCAGAGGCGCUUGGAACAGAUACUUAGAUCCCAAGAACGGGGUUCUAAGGUCAUCAUCUUCUGUUCCACAAAGAAGUUGUGUGACCAGCUUGCACGUAGCAUUGGACGUAACUUUGGGGCUGCUGUAAUUCAUGGAGACAAGUCUCAGGUGGAGAGAGACUGGGUUUUGAAUCAGUUCCGCAGUGGAAAGUCCCCAAUCUUAGUUGCCACUGAUGUUGCUGCCCGGGGACUUGACAUAAAAGACAUAAGGGUCGUAAUCAACUAUGAUUUCCCAACUGGAAUUGAAGAUUACGUCCACCGAAUUGGACGAACCGGGAGGGCUGGUGCAACAGGAGUAUCAUACACAUUUUUCUCUGAACAGGACUGCAAAUAUGCUGCUGAUCUGAUUAAAGUUCUGGAGGGGGCUAACCAGCGUGUGCCUCCCGAAGUGCGAGAUAUGGCUUUGCGCAGUGGGCCUGGUUUUGGCAAAGAUCGCGGUGGGGUGAACCGUUUUGAUUCUGGUGGUGGUGGUGGGCGUUGGGAUUCUGGUGGCCGUGGCAGUGGCAUGAGGGAUGGAGGCUUUGGUGGCCGUGGCAGUGGCAUGAGGGAUGGAGGCUUUGGGGGCCGUGGAGGCAUGAGGGAUGGAGGCUUUGGAGGCCGUGGUGGGAUGAGGGACGGUGCUAUUGGUGGACACAGUGGAAGAAAUGAUUUCUUUUCUGGCCGUGGAAACAGGGGGCGUGGAUUUGGUGGUCCUGGUGGUGGUAAUGUUGGAUGGGGCCGGAAUGAACGUGGCUUACAUGACCGCUAUAGCAAUAUGGAUGGACGUGGACGUGGCCGCGGCCGGGGGCGGUUUGAUAAUAGAAGAGAUGUUGCAGAUAGGAGUAGAGGCCGAAGUUACAGUUCUAGCCCUGAAAAGGUUCGUACAUGGGGUUAUAGCAGAAGCAGUAGCCGUAGCCGAAGUCGAAGCAGGAGCAGGAGCCGAAGCUGGUCCCGCAGCCGUAGCCGCAGUCCUAGGCGGAGUCACAGCCGUAGCCGCAGUCCCAGAGGCAGCCGCAGCCCUGGACGUAGCCGCAGUCGCAGUCGAAGCCAAGGUUAUGACAGAUAUGAGAGGUCACAUGACCGACAUUUUGAUCAGAAGGACCUUACACAGCCUGAAGCCCAGGUUCCUCCUGAAUCAACGAUGUCUCCCAUGUCACCAGGCACUCAGGCAUUUCCACCACAGGAAUUUCCAGGAGGUGACCUUGACGCACAUCCCCCAGUAGUAGAAACUACUGAGCAAGGGCAUCCACUAACUGGAGAUGAAUCUUUCCAUCAUCCAGCACCCGAACCCUAAGGUGUGAUACUGAUCUUACCAUUUUCCCCGGACAGUGUCCACUUUCCAUAUAUUCAAUGGUAUUCUUCACUUGCACUUAUAUGAAGACAGGGUUCAUGUGGCGAUAAUAUUUAUAAAGUUGCGGGUGUGUCUGAAGGUACAUUACAGCUGGAAUAUGGAGUCAAGCAGGUCAAAUUGCUGCUGUUGUGUGAGGGUAAGACAUAUUUUGGAUGAUUGGGGAUAAUUUCUGAAGGUUGGACUUUGGACCUUAGGUUAGCUUGGAAACUCUUUGUUUUUUUUUUUUUUUUCCCUUUUUCACAAAUAGAGGACCUUUUUCUGUAUUCAUCUGGUGGUGGUUGGAAUUGAGACUGGGAUGGGUAAUCAUGGUGAUUUUAGUUACUGGUUUCUUGCGCAGAAUUGUGUUAGUGGAUAUAAUGCUGCCUCUUGACUCCCUUAAUGUGCUCAUAUUCUCUUGACAAUAUCAUCAUGAAUUUUUUACAUAUUUUUUAAAGAGAUAAUUCUGAAUCUCA